AAGAAAUUUUUGUUCAAAGUAAAACCGAUAGCUACGUCACGAUUUGAUCAUUUCGAAUGCAAAUUAUUCUCAGAUUAAUAAACUAGGUCGCCAUUCGUGGCGCUGCCGCCGGGCUGCGGAUCCGUACCUUCGGCGGAUGCUAUCAGGACCAUAAUGAUGAAUACUAUCUAUGGUGCACUAGUUAAAAUACCCUGUUCCAAAGAGCGCGGCCAGAACUAAAUGUCAAAGUGAAAACUAAAGAACUGGAAAAGCAGUACAAAGUGAGGAAAUACCAAAAAGCCCGCCGAAAUAUGUAACAACAAAUCGAAUUAAAGUGAUAGUCUAGAGUUCGAUUACCAUGUAAAGAUACCAUCUACGUGUACAAGUAAAAAGUUGACAACGAAAUUCUCUUCAAACAGCAAUGAAAACGUCUAUAAUCGGGCUUGCGUCGUACCAAUUUUAAGCAUACACAUGCGAACACACCAAUCACCAUCGAAGUACUAUCCCCGCAAUCGUAUAAUAAAUAAUUAAUUAUGAUGCUAACAACCGAACACAUAAUGCACGGGCACCCCCACUCGUCAGUCGGGCAGAGUACCCUAUUUGGGUGCUCCACGGCGGGCCAUAGUGGCAUUAAUCAGCUGGGCGGCGUAUAUGUCAAUGGCCGGCCACUGCCCGACUCAACGCGUCAAAAAAUAGUCGAACUAGCUCACUCUGGGGCCCGUCCUUGUGAUAUUUCGAGAAUACUGCAAGUUUCCAACGGUUGCGUGAGCAAAAUUCUGGGCAGAUAUUAUGAAACAGGAUCAAUUAAACCUCGAGCGAUAGGUGGUUCAAAACCACGAGUAGCUACAACCCCGGUCGUACAAAAAAUUGCUGACUAUAAACGGGAAUGUCCCAGCAUAUUUGCGUGGGAAAUACGGGAUAGACUGCUGUCCGAACAAGUUUGCAAUAGUGAUAACAUUCCAAGUGUUUCAUCCAUUAACCGAGUCUUGCGCAACUUGGCCUCACAGAAGGAGCAGCAAGCGCAGCAACAAAACGAGUCUGUUUAUGAAAAGCUUCGCAUGUUCAAUGGCCAAACAGGAGGAUGGGCCUGGUAUCCAAGCAAUACAACGACGGCACAUUUGGCCCUACCGCCAGCAGCUUCGGUUGUGUCAACUCCAACAAAUUUAUCUGGACAAGUCAAUCGAGAGGAGGUUCAAAAAAGAGACUUACAAUAUUCAGCAGACGUUUCCCAUCCGAACUCUCAUGAUAGUACAUCGGAUGGCAAUUCUGAACAUAAUUCAUCUGGCGACGAGGACUCACAAAUGCGUUUGCGACUAAAAAGGAAGUUGCAACGAAAUCGGACUUCAUUUUCCAAUGAGCAAAUCGACAGUCUCGAAAAAGAAUUUGAACGAACGCACUAUCCGGAUGUUUUUGCGCGAGAAAGACUUGCAGAUAAAAUUGGUUUGCCAGAGGCACGUAUUCAGGUCUGGUUCUCAAACCGUCGAGCCAAAUGGCGUCGUGAAGAAAAGAUGAGAACUCAGAGACGGUCGGCCGAUAACGUGGGCGGCAGUGGUCGAGCCAGCACGACCAAUAAUCCUUCGGGGUCAGCUGUAAAUUCCACUGUAGCAACGUCGAAUAACUCAACACCCGGCAUUACCAGCUCAGCAAUCAACGUGUCGGAACGAGGGUCAUCGGCUAUAAUUAGCAAUAGCAUACCUGAGACACCGAAUGGGGCAACUGUUCUGGGUGGAGACGCUAAUGCUGCACACACCAGCUCUGAAAGUCCACCACUUCAGGCAGUCGCACCGCGGCUACCCUUGAACACUGGGUUUAACACCAUGUACUCAUCUAUCCCGCAACCGAUAGCAACAAUGGCUGAAAACUACAACUCAUCAUUAGGAUCGAUGACACCGUCGUGCUUACAGCAACGAGACGCCUAUCCUUACAUGUUUCAUGAUCCGUUAUCACUAGGAUCUCCCUAUGUACCACCACACCACCGAAACACAGCAUGCAAUCCUGCAGCUGCGCACCAACAGCCACCUCAGCAUGGUGUUUAUGCCAACGGUUCUCCAAUGCCAUCAUCAAAUACAGGGGUCAUUUCUGCAGGCGUUUCGGUGCCUGUCCAGAUUUCAACGCAAAAUGUAUCGGACCUUACGGGAAGUAACUACUGGCCACGACUCCAGUGAUCGUCAAUCUUUAAUUUGCCAUCAGAAAUUCUAUCAAAGGCAACAGCCGCUGCCAUCGCUGCCGCACAUGCAGUUGAGGAAAAGCAUCAGCACCAAAAAGCGCAUUCCGAUGUUACUAUGCAAACUACAAAUAGCAACAAUGUCCCACCUAGUUUGAGUAGUCAGAAAAUGUGCUGUUCAUCAAGAUAUUUAAGCAUGAACAUGGGGGCGGGGAAGGAUGUAGAUGUUGUCAUAGGCCAAGGUCUUUUAGUUCCCAUAUCACCACGUAUUCCAGGCAAAUCAGAAUCAUUUGGUAGUGCCAACGUUCGGGAUUUUUAAACAAUUUAAAGACCCAUACCGACCCGCGGCAACUAUUUUAAAUUAACUCUAUUUCAAAACGACAUUAAAUGCAAAAUCUUUUAAAUUAAUAUGAUUUUGUAUGGUUACUGUUGUUGCUGAGGAAAUCUUACACGCUUUUUAGUAAGUUAAAGCCAAUUUCGCAUCGAUUUCUCUUAAGCUUCUCUAAGUUUUCAGUUCCGUAUCUGCUGAGAGUUUUGUUAUAGCAUUUCUGCAUUGUUUCUAAGAUAAUAAAACGUAUAUGACACGCAAUAAAAAAUAUAUUUUAAAUAACUUUCUUUUCAUUAUUUAUGUCAAAACCAAUUUUUCUGACUAUCAGCAUAGUCUUGUCAAACCAACUGAAAAUUUUAUGUAUACAUAAUAAAUCGAAAGAGGGGACGUAAUACAUGGAGAAUUCUAAGCAAUAUUGCCAAAGAUACUAUGUCUUGGAAAUCAUAAUUGACCCUCCGCAUUUGCAAAAGAAAAAUAGCCAGUACUUGACAAAAAAUAUCUAAGUAGUCUUAAAUUUGAUACAUUUAUAUGGACGUGAAAAACGUUAUAAAUCGUUUGGGCGGAAGGCAAUCAAUAAGCCACGUUGCCAACAAAACCAUAUGCCCAAAACCGCGUAUCACCCUCCGCAUUUGCAAAAGAAAAAUACUGGUUUUCGUGUUUAUUUUUGAGGAAAAUAUCAUAUUGCCUAGAAUUUUCCAUAGAUUCCGUUUUGCUGUUUGCGUUUAAAGUGUUUUGCUAUAACGCCUUUAGAUACAGAAGUAUUUCACCAUAAUUGUGUUAAACCUUGAAAACCACAUUUCCUUUUAAUUUUCACUCGUGCGGGGCAAAUAAAUGCCACAAGUCCCCUAGUGGAUCGACACAUAAAUUUAGCCCAUACUUAAAACUUUCGUCGAUAACCUAAUAGCGGAGGUGUACACAAAAUUUCAGAGGAAAAAUUUCAGGAAGUAAACAUUUAAGUCAGUUUUUCAAUGUGUUAGGUUUUAUGGUUUAGGAAAGCAUAUUGAAGUCGGAAAUCGACUUUAACUCUUUUAUAAUAUUUUGCAUUGAACUAUCAUAUCAUAUAGCUGCCAUAGGAACUACAGGGUUAUUUAUAUACAAAUCUUCCGAACAUAACGUUUUUGUAAUAUGCGAAUUAUAUUAAUUGCAUGUUGUAGUUUAAGCUACAAGGGUUAGCUUCCUUUCUUGUAAAUAAACAAUAAUAAAUAAGUAAUAUAUAUAAAUAUUUUUGACACGUUUAAUAAAAAUAAAAAAACAAGAAAGAAAGGUAUCUUUGGCAAGCCGAAGUUUGUAUACCCUUGCAAGUCGACCCUGUGAGAGCAAUGUAUAUACAGAACUUUACGACUUUUAGAAAAUUACAAAUAAUUACAGAAAUAUCCAGAUAAUGUUACAUUUCAAUUUCAUAUUUUAGUGUUUUUGACAUUAAUUUUGCGAUCAUUCUUAUGGAUCUAUAUGAUAUAGUAGUCCGAUGUUUAUUAUCUUUUUCGCAAAUCUGAUAUAAUGAAAAAAUGCUAUAUACCGGAGUAGAAAAGAAUAUGAUCAAAAACAACAGAGCUAUAAAUAUUUUUCUAUUAUUUCCCAUUAUUUAUCCGAUCGUUCCGAUGGCAGUCAUAUAAUAUAGUUUUCCGGUUUUUUUUUAAAUUAAUUCUUUCUGAAAUAUUAAAAAAUGAUAUUCCUAGGAUUAUAAAAUAAUGUAAAAAAAAACACCAAAGCUAUAAUUAAACAAAUUCUGUUUCAUUAACAAGGAAG